GUCUAGCUACAGAAGAAGAUAUGUGCAUGGAGUUGUUCCAAGCUUGUGGCCUCACAUGUCUGCUCAUACCCACCGCCUUCUUCUUCACCUUCGUCCUCCUCCUCCGCGCCUCCAGCCGACGGAGGCGCAGGCUGCCGCCCGGGAACCUGGGGCUGCCGGUGAUCGGCGAGACGCUGCAGCUCAUCGCGGCCUACAAGACGGAGAACCCCGAGCCGUUCAUCGACGACAGGGUGCGGCGGUUCGGGCCGGUGUUCGCGACCCACGUGUUCGGAGAGCCGACGGUAUUCUCGGCCGACCCGGAGACGAACCGGUUCAUACUGCAGAACGAAGGGAAGCUCUUCGAGUGCAGCUAUCCGAGGUCUCUCUGCAAUCUUCUUGGGAAGCAUUCGUUGCUUCUGAUGAAGGGGAGUCUGCACAAGAGGAUGCAUUCGCUGACCAUGAGCUUUGGGAAUUCUUCCAUUAUUAGAGACCACUUGCUGGUGGACAUCGACCGGUUGAUUCGGCUCAACCUGGAGUCCUGGUCCGACCGGGUCUUCCUGAUGGAGGAGGCUAAGAAGAUAACGUUCGAGCUCACGAUGAAGCAGCUGAUGAGUUUCGACCCUUGUGACUGGACAGAGAGCUUGAGGAAGGAGUACGUCCUUGUGAUCGAAGGGUUCUUCAGCGUUCCUUUGCCCAUCUUCUCCACCACCUACCGCAGAGCCAUUAAAGCGAGGACGAAGGUGGCGGAAGCUCUGAGCUUAGUGGUGGGGCAGAGGAGGAAACAGUGCGAGGCGGGCACGAGGAAGAACGACAUGCUGGGGGCCCUCCUGGACGGGGAUAGCAGCGGCGGCUGCGGCUUCUCCGACGAGCAGAUCGUCGAUUUCUUGGUGGCGCUGCUCGUCGCCGGCUACGAAACCACCUCCACCAUCAUGACCCUCGCCGUCAAGUUCCUCACCGAGACGCCCCGCGCCUUGGCUCAGCUCAAGGAAGAGCACGACAAGAUCAGAGCCGACAAGUAUCCUCGCGAGAGCCUGGACUGGAACGACUACAAGUCCAUGCCUUUCACGCAAUGCGUUAUCAAUGAGACUCUGCGGGUUGCGAACAUCAUUAGCGGUGUGUUCAGGCGAGCGAUGACGGAUGUCGACGUGAAAGGUUAUACGAUUCCUAAAGGGUGGAAAGUGUUCGCCUCGUUUCGCGCCGUGCAUCUAGAUCAAGAUCACUUCAAAGAAGCUCGAACUUUUAACCCGUGGAGAUGGCAGAACAAUUCUGGCUCGCCGACCCCUGGAAACAUCUUCACACCAUUCGGAGGAGGGCCUCGACUCUGUCCCGGAUACGAGCUAGCUAGAGUAGAGAUAUCCGUAUUCCUUCACCACCUAGUUACUCGUUUCAGUUGGGUUCCGGCGGAGGAAGACAAGUUGGUUUUCUUUCCGACGACGCGGACGCAGAAGCGGUAUCCCAUUUAUGUUCGUCGGCACGGUGCGGUCGGGCAAUGUAUAUAGCAGGGAGGCGAACCGUCUGAGACACGGCGAAGUCAAGGAAGUUAGCGGUCGUAGAAUAGAGAUGUAAGGGGGGAUUCAAUGUAUUGGAUCCAAUAAGAAAUCAAGUUACUUAUUAUAUAUAUAGCACGCUCUUGAGAUUAUUUCGUUCAUUGAUUAGCAUGCACAUGCACGAAAGAGAGAGAGAGAAGGGAGUUGUGCUUAUGAUUCUUGAGCACAAGCAAAACAUGAAUAUCGACCCUUCUUUCGUUUUGUUUUGGCAGAGUUAUGAAUAUCUAUCUGUCUACUUUUAUUAGUGCCUGGAUUUU